UAACAUUUAGAGAAACCUAAUCACAAACAAACCCAAAAUCGAGCAAAUCCAAGAAGUAGCAAGAGAGAGCGACAAACCCAUAGGGAAUACCAAGAGGAAGAUUUUGAGAGCCAAAAGCUGAAAAGCCAGAAGUGCACUGGGUAAUCUUUCUAAAUUUCUUGUUCCAAUUUUCAGUAGUGAUUUCUGCCCGAUUCUCAUAGUAGCAGCAAAUCUGAUUUGGGAAAAUUGAUGUGCACGGAGCAAACUGUGUGCCCAGAACUCCUUUUGUGCAUGGAACUAAUUUGAGCCAAGUGAAGUGUCUGUGUGUGGGCAGAACUACUGCACUGAAGAACAAGUUUGCCGGUAACAUUUGUUUGGAUCAGCACCAUAAUGGCCCAGGGCCCACGUUGUGGCCUUACCCUUCUCUGUCUGGCUGUUGCACUAGUUAAAGCUCAGUAUGAACGAUACAGCUUCAGAAGUUACCCCCGGGAUGAACUGAUGCCGCUAGAGUCUGCCUACAGGUAUAGCUUGGACCAGUACACCAGUGAGAAAUGGCCGGAGACUGUUCAUUAUCUGGAGAUCAGCCUGAGGUUGUACCGGCUGCUGCAGGACAGCGAAGCCUUCUGUAACCUCAACUGCACCUCUGCUCAAAUCCAGCACAGCCCUGCAGGCCCUGGGGACACUGAGGGAGGUCGGUUUAGUGAAUUCCCUGAACUGAGGGUUUUUGGAGAUGUGCUUAUGAGGGCUCAGUGCCUGAAGCGAUGUAAGCAGGGGCUACCGGCUUUCAGACAGUCCCAGCCAAGCAGAGAGACCCUACAGGAGUUCAAGAGCAGAGAGCCAUACAAGUUCCUACAGUACGCUUACUUCAAGACAAACAACAUAGCUAAGGCAAUUGCAGCUGCGCACACCUUCCUGCUGAUGCACCCAGAAGAUGAGAUGAUGAAGAGAAACAUGGCUUAUUACAAGAGCAUGCCAGAUUCUGAUACACACAUCAAGGAUCUAGAAUCCAAAGCAUACGAGAGUUUGUUCAUCAGGUCAGUGAGGGCUUACAAUGGAGAGAACUGGAGAACAUCCAUUUCCGAUAUGGAACUUGCCCUGCCAGACUUCUUUAAGACCUUCGAGGAAUGCAUUGCAGCCUGUGAAGGAUCCAGGGAAAUCAACACAUUUAAAGACUUUUAUCACUCGGUAGCGGACCAUUACACUGAAGUGCUGAAAUGCAAACUCAAGUGUGAAAGUUAUCUCACACCUGUGAUUGGCGGCUAUGUGGUGGAGAAAUUUGUGGCCACCAUGUACCAUUAUCUACAGUACGCCUAUUAUAAAUUAAAUGACGUGAAAAAUGCUGCUCCGUGUGUGGCAAGUUACCUGCUCUUUGACCCAGAAGAUGAAGUGAUGAAGCAGAACAUGGUCUACUACCAGUACCACAAGGACAAAUGGGGACUCAGUGAUGAAAACUUCAAGCCCCGACCGGAAGCAGUGAAGUUUUAUAAUGUUACCACCAUGCAGCGAAAACUCUAUGAUUUUGCCCAGGAGAAACUUGGAGACAAUGAUGAGGGAGACGUUGUCAAGUAUCUGGAUGAACUCUUGUUGGCCGAGCAGUGGUGAGGAUACAUUAGAAAGUCACAUUCUGUCCCUUUUCAUCAUCUUUGGAUGUCUUCUUGACUCUUGCCCAGAACACAAUCGCCUUCAGAAACUUUAAUAUUUGAAACACGUUUCACUCUUGAACCUGUUAUCAUGUGUGUUCCGGUGAAAAAAGAAUGGACGAUCGACAUGCCAAUGUUUUACCUGCAAUUUGUCUGGACUCCUUUAAUGAAAUAAAAUUUUGCGGCAGGUAUUUUUGCAUGGUUCAGAACUUGCCUGAUUAUUUAUGGGAUUUGAUAAAUAAAAACAUCAAUCACGAAAA